GCAUCUACUCAUUUAUCCAACUGCUUCUUCUUUUCUUUCCUCUCAGUCCUCUCUGAAUAACCAUGAAAGCUCUUGUCUUUCUUCCUGUGUUCCUUCAGGCUCUUGCCGUUAUCCACGGAGCACGGUUCUCACCAUCUGACACAGAAUCACGCCCUCUUCCGAACCUGCAUGAAGUGCUUGAAAAAGCCAGGGUCAUGUCUGGCAUCCCUGGCAUGAGCGUAGCUAUCCUCCACAAGGGCAAACUCAUCUUUGCUGAAGGAUUUGGAAAGAGAAAUGACCAUGAUAAAUUUACUGCAGAGACAGUGGCACCAAUUGCUUCCCUCUCUAAGGCAUUCACAGCUGCAGCUGUCGGAGAGCUAGUUGCAGAAGGGAAGAUUGAUUGGGACAAGACUCCUGUAUCCCAGUACUUGCCUGAGUUCCAAUUGAAGGACCCUGUGCUCACCUCGCAGUUAAACCUUCAGGACCUCCUCUCUCAUCGCACGCCCGUGCCAAAUGUUGACUUUGGUUGGUUCUGGAGCUCUGUUCCAACGAGGGAGCUGAUAAAGCGCCUUCGCUAUGCCAAUGUGGACCCCAAAUUGAAGCCUUUCCUCAACUAUAACAAUGCCAUGUACACAGUGGCGGGUGAGGCAGCUGCAAAUGCAGUAAACAUGUCGUUUGUAGACCUUGUCGAAACCAAGAUCUUCAAGCCUUUAGGUUUAUCACAUACUGGUGUCUCUGAUAAGUCCAUGAGGAAAAAAGAACGCAAUUAUGCAUUGGGAUACGCGGCAGAGUCUUUUGAAGAUGCUCAAAAAGGACGUUUCAAAUCUUUGCCAGCUGGAAGCAUGGCUGGUGCGUCAGCUCCUGCAGGAGAUCUUUAUUCCAAUGUAUUGGAUCUGGUCCGAUGGGGAAAUAUCAUAAUGCGUCGCGGCAAGUCUCAGGAAGGCCAACAGCUCUUGAACAAAGAGAGCAUCAAGGAGCUGUUGAGUGCUCACAGCAUUGUAGAAUCGAAAGAGCAAGUUACAGAGUUUGGACCUGCGUUGACAUAUGGAAUGGGAUGGCUAAUAGACAGCUACAAAGGCAACCCUAUCUAUUAUCACAGUGGAAGCGUUUCAGGUUAUAUCUCAAACCUGUUUUUCAUGCCAGGCCAGGAACUAGUGAUUGCACAUCUUACAAAUGCCGAUGUGACCAUCCUACCCCACUACCUGCCAUUUUACGUUGCGGAUGAGCUCCUGAAUCUCCCCCGAACUCAAGAUUGGUUUAACGUGGUUACUAACUCUACGAAAGAGUCUUAUGAAAAUAACAAAAAAAUAGCUCAAGGAAACCUUCCAGAACGCCUCAAGGAUAAGCCCUAUACUCGUCCAUUAGAAGGCUUUGUAGGCGUUUACAAUAAUCCAGUUUAUGGAGAUAUCAUUGUUGAGCUGAAAACUAGCAGUAACAACAACAACGAUAGAUCCAAGGAACUGUUCUUCAAGUACCAAGUCUACAGUGGGAAACUAGAGCAUUACCAUUACGACUCAUUCUUUAGUGUUUUGCAUUAUUCAAGCAUUCGUGCCGGUGAACUUUUCACGUUCGCAACAUCUAAAGAUGGAAGUGUCAAGUCUAUUCAGAUGGAAGAGCUUAAUGAGGUCUUUUUAAGGAAGGAGUAAUAAUACUGUAGUAAAGGAUCAUCGAUUCGUGGCAAGAGGCAUGGGCCCUCCUCGGUGGCAGUAUUAAACUUUUGGCUACGGUACUUGGUACAAAUACAUUUCAUGUUUAGUGAAGUGGUCAAAUAAUGG